AGCGGCUGCACUCUGAAGUGCAUCAUGGACACGGAAGGGCAACCCUCUGAGAGUGCAGUGAGCGAAGGUGUGACAAACGGUGAUGCCAUUCCUUCAGACUUCCAGGAUGAUGCCCCAGUGAUCCAACCUCCACUCUCACAUCACCACCAGGUUGCAUCCCAAUCCCAGCAAGACGAUCACUGCCACUGCCAGCAACCGCUCCAGGCCUUCUGGUCUGGCCAGCUUGCCGAGAUCAAGCAGACAACUAAUUUCAAGACCCACAGCCUUCCGCUAGCAAGGAUCAAGAAGAUCAUGAAGGCUGACUCCAACAUCCCAAAAAGGGUUGCAGGCGAGGCACCAUUGCUCUUCGCCAAGGCUUGUGAGAUGUUCAUCCAGGAGCUGACGUUGCGGGCGUGGCUUCACACUGAGGAGGACAUGAGGAGGACACUGCAGAAGAAGGAUGUCACCGCGGCGCUGGCUAGCACCGAAGUCUUUGAUUUCCUGGUGGCCGACAGUUCGACGGACAACAAGCCAAAGGGAAAUGGCGAGGGAUUGCCGCCUCCAACAACUGCCAAAGAUGAUGAUGAUUCCUAUGGUGACUACUACUGGGAUGACUAUUCACCCCCUUGGUCCCCAGAACCCCCAAGCCCGGACUUGCGCAAUGUGACCUGUGAUGACCCAAGAUACUACACUUACAUCCAUGACUACUAUUCUCUGUGAUCAUCAUCCCCAGCUCCUGCUUUGAACUGGUGGGCAGUGUGGUUAGGUUGCCUAGUUCAGCUGUCAUAUAAACCCUGCAGGAUGACUUUUGGUGCACUACCUGUCGCUUAACAGCCUAGUAGUGUUCUGUUUUUGGUCUUUGCUGGCUGCUUGCUGUGUAAGGAGUGAACGGGCACGUUGACGCCUGUAUGUACAUCAGUUAUCUGGAAAUGGGAGACAUGUCACAUGUAUGGACAUGUAGCUAACAAGUGUUAUUUUGGAUCUUCA